GCACACAGGUGAGCGAGCCGGGGCGGAGCGCUGCGCAGCCGGUGCCAGGCCAGGGCGCCCGCGGCGGCCGCUCCGUGCCACGGGCCACAGUCGCUUUCCCCGCCGAGGCCGAGGCGCCCCGCAGCCAUGGCCGGCCUGAACUGCGGGAUCACAAUCGCCCUGCUGGGGGUCCUGCUGCUGAACGCUGCGCUCCCGCCGCUAGGAGUGGAAGCUUCUGAGAUUGCUGUGCCACAUGGAAGCGGCAUUACAGUUCUCAUAAAGCCCGGGACCCCAACUCUGCCAGCGAAGGCCUGUUACAUCGUCGUUUUUAAAAAGCAUGUAACCAUGUUGUCCAUCAAAUCCGGAGAGAGAACAGUCUUUUCCUUUAGCUGCCAGGAUCCAGAGAAUCACUUUGUUGUGGAGAUCCAGAAGAAUAUUGACUGCAUGUCAGGCCCGUGUCCUUUUGGGGAGGUUCAGCUUCAGCCCUCACCGUCGGUGCUGCCCGCUCUCAAUAGAACUUUCAUCUGGGACGUCAAAGCUCACAAGAGCAUCGGUCUGGAGCUACAGUUCUCCAAGCCUCGCCUGAGGCAGAUCGAGCCGGGGGAGAGCUGUCCAGAUGGCGUCACUCACUCCAUCAGCGGCCGCAUCGAUACCACUGUGGUCAGGAUCGGAACCUUCUGCAGCAAUGGCACUGUGUCCCGGAUCAAGAUGCAAGAGGGAGUGAAGAUGGCCUUACACCUGCCGUGGUUCCACGACAGAAACAUCUCCGGCUUCAGCAUCGCAAACCGGUCGUCUAUAAAACGACUGUGCAUCAUCGAAUCUGUGUUUGAGGGUGAGGGCUCAGCAACCCUGAUGUCUGCCAACUACCCCGAUGGCUUCCCUGAGGACGAGCUCAUGACGUGGCAGUUUGUCAUUCCCGGGCACCUGCGGGCGAGCGUCUCCUUCCUCAACUUCAACAACUCCAACUGCGAGAAGAAGGAGGAGCGAGUUGAGUACUACAUCCCAGGCUCCACCACCAACCCCGAGGUGUUCAAGCUGGAGGACAAGCAACCUGGGAACAUGGCCGGGAACUUCAACCUCUCUCUGCAGGGCUGCGACCAAGAUGCCCAAAGUCCAGGGAUCUUCCGGCUGCAGUUUCAAGUUUUGGUCCAACAUCCACAAAACGAAAGCAAUAAAACCUACGUGGUAGACUUGAGUGAUGAGCGAGCCAUGUCGCUCACCAUCGAGCCGAAGCCCAUCAGACUAAGCCGAAAGUUUGUCCCCGCCUGCUACGUGUGUCUGGAGACUUGGUUCUGCAACACCACCCUCACCCUGACAUCUGGCUCCAAACACAAGAUCUCGUUCCUGUGUAAUGAUCUGACACGGCUGCGGAUGAACGCCGAGAAAACCAUAAGCUGCACGGACCACCGGUACUGCCACAAGAAGUCUUACCCACUCCAGGUGCCCAGCAGCAUCCUCCAGCUGCCUGUGCAGCUGCACAACUUCUCCUGGAAGCUGCUGGUGCCCAAGGACAGUCUCAGCCUGGCACUGGUGCCGGUCCAGAAGCUGCAGCAGCACACAUACGAGAGGGCCUGUAACACCAGCUUCAGCUACCUCGUGGCCAGUGCCGUCCCCGGCCAGGACCUUUACUUUGGCUCCUUCUGCUCCGGAGGCUCCAUCGAGCAGAUCCAGGUGAAGCAGAACAUCUCGGUGACUCUCCGCACCUUUGCCCCCAGCUACCAACAGGAUAUCUCCAGGCAGGGCCUGACCGUGUCCUUUAGACCAUACUUCACAGAGGAAGCUGUUUUCACGGUGACCCCAGACGUGAAAAGCAAGGUCUAUCUGAGGACCCCUAACUGGGACCGGGGCCUGCCAUCCCUCGCCUCGGUGUCCUGGAACAUCAGCGUGCCCAGAGACCAGGUGGCCUGCCUGACCUUCUUAAAGGAGCGGACCGGCCUGGUCUGCCAGACAGGGCGUGCGUUCAUGAUCAUCCAGGAGCAGCGGAUGCGGGCUGAGGAGAUCUUCAGCCUGGAGGAGGUGCUUCCCAAGCCAAGAUUCCACCAUCACAGUUUCUGGGUCAACAUCUCCAAUUGCAGUCCUGUGAGCGGCAAGCAGCUGGACAUGCUCUUCUGGGUGUUGCUUUCCCCGAGGACAACAGACGUGACUGUCAUCAUCAUCGCAGUGGUGGGAGGUGGCGCCUUACUGAUGUUUGCCCUCGGACUCAUUAUUUGCCUUGUGAAAAAAAAGAAGAAAAAGGAGAUAAACAAGGGCCCGGCUGUAGGUAUCUACAAUGGCAACGUCAAUACCCAGAUGCCGAUGCAGUCAAAAAAGUUUCAGAAGAGACGAAAGGACAAUGACUCCCAUGUGUAUGCGGUCAUCGAUGACACUAUGGUAUAUGGGCAUCUGCUGCAGGAUUCCAACGGGUCCUUCGUCCAGCCAGAGGUGGACACCUACCGGCCCUUUCAGGGCCCCACGGGGGACUGCCCUCCCUCCCCACCCCCCAUAGGCUUCAGGGCCCCAACUGCAAAGUUGACCACAGAUGAACCACCCCCUGACAUCCCUCCUGAGUCUGAGAGUGAACCGUACACCUUCUCCCACCCCAACAAAGAGAAUGUAAGCAAUGGGAACACAGACAUUCCCUUGCUGGAUGUCCACAAGCCAGCGGAGCCAGGGGAAUAACUUGGGCCCAUCCCAAAGACUUUGCAUGAAGCAGGGCACUGAGACACCCUUUAGGGUCUUCAACCAGAAAUCCUAAAGAAGGAGAAUUAUAUGGAAGGACUAGCAGGAGGUUUUCCUGGAUACCACCAACUUCUGAUUUCCAAGUGGAAUCACUUCAAUGACGAGACGUUGAAAAUGAUGAAUUCUGAUCUGGAUACAAUCAUCACAAUUCAUGUCCUUCUAAACUCAGGUUGGGCUGUGACUGUGACCCAGCCCGUAAUGAGAGGGGAGAGGUGUAGUCACCCAGUACAGGGUUGCAAUGAGCCCUGGAUUCAGAUUUGGAUUUAGAACUCUUCAGGUCAACAAUUCCAAUCCCUAGGAGGCCACCAAGGUCCCUGCUCUCACUGGCGUCCCCUGGAUGAAAAUGGCAAUGUACCUUUUUAUUAUUAUUAUUAUUUAUUUGUGGUCCUGUGUAUUUAAGAAGUCAAAUGUAUAAGCGUACAGCUUGUUCACCUGACCUGGUGACAACUCGUGCCAAUGGUUUGGAUGGCUGGGUUUUGACUUCUACUGGUGACCACUAGAUACCCAUGUGCUUGUCUGCUGGGAAGUGGGAAUGAUUUACGAUCUGUCCACCCAGAAAAGAGCAUGUGUGUUUGAGCAGCGUUGAUGCAUUGAUGCUUAUCUGCUUUGAUAAGAGACUUCUUGGUUCUCUCUCUCUGCGUGUGGUUAUCCCACUGCAGAAAUUCAUUAAGUCCCAUUGUCCUUUAGUCCUGGAAAUAAGAGAAAUUUCCUUCCAUUGUCAUGUGUGGCUCUCCCAGCUGCAGCAUCUAAACAGAAACUCAGAGAGUAUUUUCAUCCUCUGAAAAUGUUUAAAAAUACACCAGAGAGUGGCCACCUGGAUUUGUUUCCUAUUACUGCUGUAACAAGUUACUGCAAGCAUGGUGGCUUAAAACAACACAAAUUUCUUAUCUUCUGGUUCUGGAGACCAGAAGUGCAAAUUGGGUUUCACUGAGCUAAGAUCAAGGUAUCGGCAGAGCCACGUUCCUUCCGGACGCUCCAGGGGAGAAUCGGUUUCCUCGCCUUUUUCAGCUUUUAGAGGCUGCUCACAUUCCUUGCCUCCGAUGGCUGGUCACGCUCCGAUGGCUGGUCACACUGUGGCACUGUGACACUGAGCCUCCUGCUUCCCUCUUUCACUUAUAAAGCCCCCCUGGAUAAUCCAGGGUAAUCCCCACCUCAAGAUCCUCAGUUCACUCACACUGAGAAGUCCCUUUUGCCGCGUAAGGUAACAUAUCCUUAUGUUCUGAGAAUUAGGAUGUGAACUUCUUUGGGGGACCAUUAUUCUGCCUACCACACCUUCUUGUCACUGCAGGAGAGACUACAAAAUGAUCCGGCCCACAGGUGUGUUUUGUUUAUUAGCUUGCAGAAUCUUUUUGAGAAUUAGUUACUAACACUUAAAUUACACAUUUUUUACAUAAAAAUCCAGAUCUGAAGAUCUGGCCAUGCUGGGGUUCACAUUCUCGCCUAGCCACAACUAGCUAGAGUUGAGAAGCAGCUCCACCUUUAGAUGGGGCAUCCACUUCAUCAGUUCACCACAGUCCCCAGCACUCCCUGUCGCCUCCCUGUGUCUAUUGCUAUUGAUCAAUGCCCUUGCAGGGUUGCUUUUCUCAUAAUGAAAUGGAAAGUUUGGGACCCAUAUCUCAGAUCAAAUGAGAACAGAGGCCUCAAGGCUGCUGUGUGUUUCAGGAAAGUUUUUUCUUAUACCCCGCCCACAUCCCUCAUUUAUCCUAAUUACCAGCCCAGCUCCUGUGGGCGUUUGCCUCUGUGGCCCCUGUUCUCUCUGGGAGGAGGAUCGUGUUGUGGCCUGUCAGCCCAGUCCAAAGUUCAGUAUUUCUGUGGCAAAUCCUCCUUUAAAAAAUAAACGCACUUCGUUGUGUUCAGUGAA